UAAAUUUGUUUUCUUGAAGCAGCAUAUGUAGAUAUAAUGGGUGAUCAAGACGACUUUGACGUUUUCAACCUUCUGGGGCUAAUUUUGGUGUCACAUAUGGUUAAUAUAGCAAAAGACUUGGGAUACAACGACUUUAGAAUUCUAGCUCAAGUUGAAGGAGCAGAAUUGCUUCAAGAUGCUGUGAUUGAGUCCUUUGGUGUAAAUCAAGAGUACUUGGAUCUAAUAUACGAACAGAAAAAAGCAUUACUUGGCCCGAAGUGCUGGAAACACCCAAGUAACUUCACAUUUCAAGCAGGAGAAAAGGAUGCAAUUUCGUCUCUGAAUCCUCUAUGUUUAGAGUUGUUGAUAAAGAUGCCCCUAGUAUUCCCAAUUCCGAACACAAAAUCACAGCAAACAUACCUUAAAAUUUCAAUGAGGACUGCCGGUCCCAUUCCUUUACACACUGCUUCACUAAUAACUGCUAAGAAUGAGACUGUAGAUGUUAUGAAAAAAGAAAUUGAGGCCCAUGUCAAUGAUUGGUGCAGUAAAAGAGGAAACCAUAUGUAUAGUCCUGAGGACUUUCUGGUAAACAAUUCCAAUGUACUAUACUGUAAGCUCUGCCACCACGGAUACAAGUUUACUCUUGGAGUUAAUGGCUUUUGGAAAGCAACUACCUUGCUUCAACACAUAUUCUCAAAGCACAGUCCUUCAAACUUAGAUGAACAUAGCAUGCAGAUUGGACAAAUUCUUGAUUUAACGAUAGAGAAGACCACAAAAGGGAAGAGGCCCAGUGUUGCAGGGAACUCAGAUCAAGUCUGUUUGCCUAAAAAGAGAUCUGUAACUGCCGAUGGGACGGGAAUGGAUGCAAUGAAAAAUCCGAUGGUUACGAUUCAUCAAACCUUGAGCAGUCAUGAAAGCGACCAGGAGAAUGAUCCACAUGACAGCCAAGAUGAGAGCAACGCAAAUGAUAAAAACAAGAACUAUGUUGGUUCUAGCAACGACGAAUCAACCGAAGAAUCGAGAAAAAUUAAUGACUCAGGAGAUGAAGAACUGGCCAAGGAGAAAGAGGCAAGCAAGAAAAAGAAAUAUGAUAAGAAUAAAAAAAUCACCAACAGCCGUCCCUUGAAGAGUAAACAAAACAUGGCAAAGGCAAAUAAAAAUUCUAAAAAGUGCUCGUCUUCUACCACUGCUCAUUUAAAAGUUACCUUGAAACCCAGGAAAACAAGAUCAGAUUUGCGACGAUCUACCAUGCUACGCGUCGGUGCUUACGACCUUUAUCAGUCACUCAUAUCAAAUCAUUUUAAAGUCGCAGAAGAAAUUGAAUGUCUCUCUAAGAGGAAUAAGGAGCUGAGCCUUAGACUGAAAGAAAUGGUGCUCGCCUUCAAGCAGCUGGAGCUUAAAAAUCCUUUUAGCGUCCAUCAAGAAUCCGAAGUGGAUACCCCUUAUCUUCUAAAGUGGACGAUGAAUGAAGCAAUCUCAGAAACUUCUAAAGAGAAAAAAGGACGCCGUUACAACGACAGCGUGCUUCUUGAUUUUUCACUCAGUAUUUGGAACCUCGGUGGACGACACACGUACGAGAUCCUAUAUGAUAAUAUGCCGGGUGUUUUCCCAUCUCCCACUCGCAUUCAAGGAAAGCUGUCGAAAUAUAAUCCAUCGUGUGUUCCAGGCGUUAUCUAUCUUGAAACGUUAUUGGAUAUCAUCAAAGAAAACAAUUAUCCCAAGAAGGUGCUCGUUUCUGAGGAUGCAACAGCAAUAAUCCCCAAAAGAGAAUACCAUUCGCGGUACAAUGCCAUCCUCGGGGUAAGCUUACCACUGGGAGAAACGGGCUUACCAGAUCCUGAUGGGGGCGAUCCUCAAAUUUCCAUUCCUUUUUAUUAUUUUUCAGGUGACUUAACUUUGGCGGAUAAAAUGAACUUUGAUGCUGCAGAGCGGAUAUCAAAGCCAGAAGUUCGCCAACUACUUGAUAAGUCUGGAAGGAAGAUGCUGAUGGGAUUUCAUUUUACUUAGAGAUGAUGUAUCUCGUAACAUCAGGUUUCUUAGAUAAAACUCUUUGGCCACUCGAACGAAUCAACCGAAUUUGGACUGUGUUAUUCAGCUUGCGCUAUUGGAGGCUUUGGCUUUCAAGUGACGGAAUCUAAAAUCUGUCAAAGAAUUCCAAUGCGUAUUUAUCGAUAGAAAUUAACGCACAUACUCUGCUCCUGGUCACCAGAAAGUUCCGCGUCGAAAAUACCCCAGAAUUACUUCUCACUUGGUUAUUCGGAAGCCAACAGUGUGAGACUUUUUUUCGGGCCAUGCGAGCGCUCUGUCCUGUUGGCCUUAACAAGCCAAACGUAACAAAAGGCGAGUUUCUGGAUAGGGCCAGAAAAGCCGAUGUAAAUCUUUUACUGCAACACAAAGGAGCUAAAGAUCAAGUCAUUUAUCGCCACGUUGAACAAAAGAAAAAUCGCACCGGAUGUUCUCGCGAAGCACUUCUAGGGACGACACUCCCAAGUGACGAAGAAAUAGCUAAUGAGCUGAAAAAGUGUCAGCAAAUUGCAAAACAAAAAUGAACAAACUCGGUGUUUUCCCCACAGGGAAAGAUGUCACCAACUUCACCUUCUGUCCCUCAUAUGGGCAAUGAAUUACGAAGAACACUAUUCUGGAUAACGACCUUGAGGAAAGUGACGAUGAUGAAAAUCCCCUUGAUGACGAUUCGUCUGAUGAGAUCUCCGAUUCCUACGACCUUCAAGUGUUACGUUCUCUUAAUCAAGCUAAUUUUAGGGAUUUCAGUGAACGCCUCUUAGCUCAGGCAGUCGCCAUUCCGUUAUCUUUAGAAAACAAAAGCUCGGAGCGAACCUCAGUCGGAGCUUCUGCCAAAGUAGCCCCGUCUGCAUUUGUCAAUAUAUCGGAUUCAAAGGGAAAUGUUCGGUUAGUUCAAAAAAAGACUGUUUGCUGCAGUG